AUGCUGUCGUCCCUUCCUCUUCUCCCGUUGCCUCCUCCGUCUACGUUUCCAGCUCUUUCGGCUGCUGUGCCUGCUGAUGCGGUUGACCCCGACGACGAGCUCAUAGACGCGACCCCGAACGCUGCCAACUCAGCUCCUAACGCUGCUGCUGCUGCUUUGGACGACGAGUCGAUGGAUCUCACACAGCCUCUCGUCAAUUCUGCCCCGCCUCCAAGCGUCGACACGCGUCCAACUAUGGCGGACCUGUUGCGGCAGCAAGAAACGAUUCGACGCGAUAACGCGAAAGUAGAAGCCGCGCGUCGUCGUGUGGAGACUCCAAAGCCCCUCGCUUGCGACAUUGAAGCGAUUGAGCUCAGUACGCCGCUGGUGGUGACUGGUCGUUCAUCUCGACCCGCAUGGAGCAGGCGCUACCGUAUGAGCUCCCGCGCGCCAAAUACGGCAUGGUAA